AUGAUAUUAAUUUAUACAUUUCAUUGUAAUACACCAACAACGAUUUUACCAGCAGCACCUUUUCCUCAACCAGCACCGCGUACUUCUUCUAAUGAAAAUAAUGGAUCCACGGCAUCAUAUGAUUAUUUGUAUGAACUUGUACAAAAACGAAUUACUACAUUUACAUAUUUAAAACGAGCACAUGAAGGAAAGAUACAUUGGUUUAAUACCGUGUGUUUAAGUAAAGAAGAUUUAGGGAUGGUGUUUGAGAAUUCUAAAAUGAAAAAACGUUCGGGGAAUUUUUUUAUCCUCGGAGCAUCACUGGCGCCAAUACUUGAUAUCACUAAUCCUCAAGAUUAUGUGAAAGCCUUAAGUGUAAUGUUACAAGAAUUUGAAUAUCAUACGAAUGAACAUUCAAAACAAAAAAUGAAAAUAUUUUUUCGAAAAUCAAAAAUAGUAAAAGACGAAGAUGCAUCAUUUCAGGAAAGUGGAGAAUAUACAUAUCUUUGUGUACCCAACAUAGUAAUAGAAGUUUAUAACAAAUUGUUAGCGGGAACUAAUAAUAUAAUGACGACGAAUUUUACUGAAAGUGUACUUAAAGUUGAUGGAAAAUUUAAAAAAAUUAUUGCAUUAAUAGCCAAAGAAAUUGAUACAUUAUCUCGAAAUACAAUUAAAGAUGAAUUACGAAUUAUUGAUCCAAUGAUCAUGAUGGCUUCAAAUGGAAAUAACAGUAAAACAGUUAAUGGAAAUGAUGAUGGAAUAUGGGAAAAUGUAUUUUCAUUGAUUGUACCAAAUGGUUAUUGUGUAUUACCCCUUGAUGUUGUUUGA